AUGGCCGCCAUUAACCCUAAGCUGGCGACGCCCACCCCCUCCAGACCCCUCCCCCAAGAGCCCUUUGUCCUCGGCCCCUACCCCCCACUUUAUGACAACCCUAAGAGAGAGGCAUUCCCAGGCAAGGACCAGGCAGGGGGGGUGAGGUCUCCGAGGGGGGUCGCGGAGAAAACCACCCCAACUCGGACCCACCGGAGUCGCCUUCCCGGUCCUGGGCCCCCACCCUUGUGCCUGCCCAACUUUGGAGACCCCCCUCACUGGCUUCCCGGGCGCACUGCGCCCACCCGGGACCGGAACCCGCAACUUAAAAGGCCAGCCUCCCCCCCGCCUCACCGCGCAGGGCCCGCUCGGGGGGCGCAUGCCCUGCGCCUGGCGUCCGGCCCUGCCCCGGCCGCGCCUGGCCUCCGGCCCGGGCCGCGAGCUGCGCGCUGCUGGCUCCCGGCCGCCGCCGGGUUUGUGCCGCGCGCCGACUCACCGAGCCGCCCGCCGAGUCCGCGUCUACACCCCCAUCCGACCCGAUUGGAUUUUUGGCGUCUGUCUAUACAGAGGUGGAGGGGAACAAUUCACCGUCUUGAUUUCCAAAACAAACAAGCCCGGACAGGGGUGCUGGGCCCCGUGGAAACGACUCAACCCUGUUUUCCGUCACUUGCACCUGGCUCCCGGGUUGCCCUGGCCCUGCAAGCCGGGGUCCACGAAAAUGCGAUUUCAACAACUUUUAAAUUUCUCAUAGACAAGACCGAGGAGACGAAAGUGCCUGCGACCCAGGAAGUUCAUGAUGCGGCUCGCUUGACCCAUUCCGCAUCGGGGAGACGCUGGGCCGGGGUCUGGUGCUGUUAGAACCACACGUGUCGUGUAACCUUGGGGGUUGCCUGAUUUUCCCCGCGUGAUUCUGGGAGAUGCGUCCGAGGGGCCACGUGUCUGCCCCGCGCCCACAACUGUCUGCUGCUGAGUUGUGUCCCAUGGUGUGGGUGGGCGAGUGUGCUUGCCCACACGCGUGUCGUGGACGCCCAAGGUACCGCGUGUCGGCUGCCGCAGGUGAGCUAAGUGUGCGGGUUUUCUGUCCCGGAGCUUUUAUUUCUCUGACGUGAAUACCCCAGAGCCCCCUUCACCUUCUUUUU